UGCGCAUCGCUCGCAUCAACCGGUGCAGCUUUAUGUGGCGGAAUUGCGCAGGGUUCAGAGGGAUGUGAUGUGUCUGCUGCGGAAGGACACAAAAGCACCCCAAAACCCAUCGGAGAACCGGGACAGUGCGGCUUCUUGGUUUUUGCCGGCUUUGCCUCAACUCAAGAGCAGCGCGCGACACCGGCAUCCUCUAGAACCGGCACUGCCCUGCUCUCUUCAUUUUCAUUUAGUAGUUUCUUUCAUUCGCGUUUAGUCUUGUUGAAGGUUAUCCGACACGUCAGCUUUAUGACUUUAUUUUACAGCCUGUAGAAACUUUGAAAACUAAGCCGCGGUGAAUCAGCCUCCUUGGCAAUUAGCGCAUCGAUAAUUAAACCACAUCGAGCAUUUUGUUUCACCUCGAAUAUCUCUGUCGUCUUUUAUAAAUAGUCCAAUUUCCCCUUUCAUUCAUCCUUAAAGGGCUGACAUCUUCUUACUGUACCUGCUGAAGAGAGCCGACUGACUGCGCAGAGAUGGGGUAUGGGCGAUCAGACAGCUACCGCGUGGCUACCACGCAAGACAAAGAUAAUAAGGGCUCCCCUGACAAGAAGAAAAAAGCGGCGAAAGAUCUGGAUGAACUGAAGAAGGAAGUACCUCUGACAGAACACAAGAUGUCAGUGGAAGAAGUAUGCCGGAAAUUCCAGACAGACAUAGUUCAGGGUCUGACUAAUGCCAAGGCGGCUGAGUUUCUGUUGCGGGACGGUCCGAACGCUCUCACACCUCCCCCAACAACGCCCGAGUGGGUGAAGUUCUGCAGGCAACUCUUCGGAGGCUUUUCCAUCCUGCUGUGGAUCGGCGCGCUCCUCUGCUUCUUGGCCUACGCCAUCCAAGCUGCCACUGAGGAUGACCCAGCUGGGGACAACUUGUAUCUAGGUAUUGUGCUGUCGGCUGUAGUCAUCAUCACCGGCUGCUUCUCCUACUUUCAGGAGGCUAAGAGCUCCAAGAUUAUGGAGUCUUUCAAGAACAUGGUGCCUCAGCAAGCUUUGGUGAUCCGUGAAGGAGAGAAGAUGCAGAUUAAUGCUGAGGAGGUUGUGGCUGGAGAUCUUGUAGAGGUGAAAGGGGGUGACAGAAUUCCUGCUGACCUCAGAAUAAUAUCCUCCCACGGCUGCAAGGUGGAUAACUCCUCUCUCACUGGAGAAUCAGAGCCACAGACGCGAUCACCCGACUGCACCCACGACAAUCCUCUGGAAACUCGCAACAUCGCCUUCUUCUCCACUAACUGCGUUGAGGGCACUGCCCGUGGCAUUGUUGUGUGCACCGGGGAUCGUACAGUGAUGGGCCGCAUCGCCACUCUGACCUCAGGGCUGGAAACAGGAAAGACCCCCAUUGCCAAAGAGAUUGAGCACUUCAUCCACAUCAUCACAGGCGUGGCCGUCUUCUUAGGAGUCUCCUUCUUCAUCCUGUCCAUCAUCUUAGGCUACUCCUGGCUGGAGGCUGUCAUCUUCCUUAUUGGUAUCAUUGUGGCCAAUGUGCCUGAAGGACUACUGGCUACUGUCACUGUGUGUUUGACCCUGACGGCAAAGCGCAUGGCCCGGAAAAAUUGCUUGGUGAAAAAUCUGGAGGCUGUAGAGACUCUGGGCUCAACAUCCACCAUUUGCUCAGAUAAGACUGGAACCCUGACACAGAACCGCAUGACUGUGGCCCACAUGUGGUUUGACAAUCAGAUUCAUGAGGCUGACACCACUGAGGACCAGUCCGGCGCAUCAUUCGAUAAGACCUCGGUGACAUGGGUGAAUCUGGCUCGUGUUGCGGCUCUGUGUAACAGGGCAGUGUUUAAAGCCGCCCAGGACUCUCUACCAAUCCUGAAGAGGGACGUGGCUGGUGAUGCCUCUGAGUCUGCCCUGCUGAAGUGCAUUGAACUUUCCUGUGGGUCUGUUAGACAGAUGCGAGAUAGAAACAAGAAAGUAGCCGAGAUCCCAUUCAACUCCACCAACAAAUAUCAGCUGUCCAUUCAUGAGACUGAGGAUCCCAAUGAUAACCGCUAUCUGCUGGUGAUGAAGGGAGCUCCAGAACGCAUCCUGGACCGCUGCUCUACCAUCAUUUUACAGGGCAAGGAGCAACCAAUGGAUGAAGAGAUGAAGGAGGCCUUUCAGAAUGCCUAUCUGGAGCUGGGAGGACUGGGAGAGAGAGUGUUGGGAUUCUGCCACGUCUUAUUGCCAGAGGAUCAGUACCCUAAAGGGUUUGCAUUCGACACAGAUGAUGUUAACUUCCAAACAGACAACCUAUGCUUUGUGGGCCUGAUGUCCAUGAUUGACCCUCCCCGUGCCGCUGUGCCUGACGCAGUGGGCAAGUGUCGUUCAGCUGGUAUCAAGGUCAUCAUGGUGACUGGAGACCACCCUAUCACAGCCAAAGCCAUCGCCAAGGGAGUGGGCAUCAUCUCAGAGGGCAAUGAGACUGUGGAGGACAUUGCUGCUCGUCUUAAUAUCCCAGUCAGCCAGGUCAACCCCAGGGAUGCAAAAGCCUGUGUAAUCCAUGGAUCAGAACUGAAGGACAUGUCUCAAGAGCAAAUGGAUGAGAUUCUGCGCAACCAUACUGAAAUUGUCUUUGCCAGGACAUCUCCCCAGCAAAAGCUCAUUAUUGUGGAGGGUUGCCAGCGACAGGGAGCUAUAGUAGCUGUAACCGGCGAUGGAGUAAAUGACUCUCCUGCUCUGAAAAAGGCAGAUAUCGGUGUUGCCAUGGGGAUUGCUGGCUCCGAUGUGUCCAAGCAGGCUGCUGACAUGAUCCUGCUGGACGACAAUUUUGCCUCCAUUGUUACUGGAGUAGAAGAGGGUCGCCUGAUUUUCGACAACCUGAAGAAAUCCAUUGCUUACACUCUGACUAGCAACAUCCCAGAGAUUACCCCCUUCCUCUUCUUUAUUAUCGUCAACAUCCCAUUGCCCCUCGGUACCAUCACCAUUCUCUGCAUUGACUUAGGCACAGACAUGGUACCAGCUAUCUCUCUGGCCUAUGAGGCAGCUGAGAGUGAUAUCAUGAAGAGGCAGCCCAGGAACCCAAUGAGGGACAAACUGGUCAAUGAGCGUCUCAUUAGCAUUGCUUAUGGACAGAUUGGUAUGAUCCAAGCCUUGGGAGGUUUCUUUAGCUACUUUGUAAUUUUGGCUGAAAACGGUUUUCUUCCCUCUUAUCUGGUGGGCAUCAGGCUCUCCUGGGAUGACCGAAGCUUAAACGACCUAGAGGACAGCUAUGGGCAGCAGUGGACUUAUGAGCAGAGAAAGAUUGUGGAGUUCACAUGUCACACAGCUUUCUUUGUCAGUAUUGUGGUUGUGCAGUGGGCUGAUCUAAUCAUCUGCAAAACCAGACGUAACUCAGUGUUCCAACAGGGCAUGAAGAAUAAGAUCCUGAUCUUUGGCCUGUUUGAGGAGACAGCUCUAGCAGCAUUACUGUCUUAUUGCCCAGGCAUGGACGUAGCACUCAGGAUGUACCCACUAAAACCUUCCUGGUGGUUCUGUGCAUUCCCGUACAGUUUCCUAAUCUUUGUUUAUGAUGAGAUCCGAAAGCUUCUCCUGCGCCGAAACCCCGGAGGCUGGGUGGAAAGAGAGACAUACUAUUGAUUGAUGAAUUCCUUCUUUACUCACACCCCUACAUCUUCCAUUAUUCUUCAACUCCUUCUAUCCUUGUUCAAGGCGCACAAGCAUCCCCCCACCCCCACCCCCACCCCAAUACCCAUUUCAAAAAGAGACAGCGGCUUAAAGCCAACACCAUGCCUGCCCCAAAGAGAAAACUACAAAAACACCUUGACCAUCCAAGCCCCUGUGCUGCUCCCAUCACCCCUAAUAUUACUCUUUGCAUGACUUUUCACGGGUGUGCACAUAAAGUCUGUUAUAUAUUUACCAAUGGCAGCUGCAUAAUCAUUAUGUAGAUCUGAGAGGAGCUUUGCUAACAUGCUCUGCUAACAAAGGGCCCAGCCCUCUGCUUCUUCCUCACACUCAUCUGCUUCCUCACCUGCCUCCGUCUCCAUGCCUUUCUACUUCUCUGUACCCUACCAAUCCCUCGCUUACCCCCUUCCGCCUGUCCUCCAAUUUCACACGGGUAUGUGGGUCACAUGACUUGCGGCGGGACGCCACCCGCUGACACCGGUACGCUCUGGUCAGUUACUCCUGCCGACUACUAUUGUCUGGGAGAAGACACGUCCACACUUUCCUAUUUCUUCUCUCCGUGCUGUCCAUGUUGAUUGUCCUUUUUGGUUUCUCACUGUAGUUUGCUGUGAUGUUACCUUGAGAGGAAGGCGUAUUUAUACACUGACUGUUUUUAUUAUUAUUAUUAUUAUUAUUAUUAUUAAUUGAAGAUGGAGAGAACCAUGUUGGCUCUUUCUGCAUGAAAUUGUCGUAAACAUGGGUUUUUCAUAUCUUUCUCACGCUCUCUCUCUUUUUCUCUGUCUUUGUGUUCUCUGCUAAUCCUAUUUCAAAUACUUCAGAUUGUGUGUUUUAGAAACAAACCAUAUAUCCAAUAUUACUUAAGAUUCAAUUAAAUAAAACACAACCAAUACAAAAACAAUGAAGAAAGAAUGGAUCUCUUGCAUGUUUGACUGUAGUAAUGGUCUAUAACUAGAUGCCAAUGACACAGGGACAUGUCCGUUAUCAGGUAUAAAGCAUAGAGAGUAUGCACUUUUAAUAUUUUUGGUAUGUUCUGGUUCUACUGCCAUUAUAUUUCCAAACACACAAGGUUCGGCUUGUCGUUCCCCCCAAACACUUUGUAUUGUUUUUAAAUCAAGUUAAAUCUAUCAUCCCAUCACACCUGAGUGGACUGACUGCAUUAUAUCUGAAGUAAACAGUCACCAUGUCACAAGACAGCAGCUUUCUUUCAUAUGGUCCAAGUCAGUUCCAGAGAACCUGCUGUGUUUGGGGCCUUUAUUUGUUGGUUUAUCAGGAAACGUGUGUGUUGUGUGGUGUGGUGUGUGGAGCCUCCCGGGUCUUGUGCUGUGUGUGUGUGUGUGUGUGUGUGUGUGUGUGUGUGUGUGUGUGUGUGUGUGUGUGUGUGAGUGUGUGUGAAUGCUUGGGGACAGUGCACUGUAGCAGUCUGCUUAAAGGCUGCGUCCAUCUCAGAAAAGUGUGGGGGGGUGAGACUAAAGAAAGGGACGAACAUUAAAUAUAACAAAUUGUAGAGACAAUGUGUUUGAAAGCAAUGAAACCGACACCAAUAAAACAUCUAGAACAUUUAAUACAA